CUAUUUUCUCUCUCUCUCUCUCCGCUCUGCUUUGUUCUCUGCCCGUGCUUCUUUCUGCUCCAUCGGAGAGACUCAGAGAGAGAGAGAGUGCGGCGGAGGGAGGAGGAGCGGACCGUCAGGCACGGCGGUUCGACGCGUCGGCUAAGAUGGGGCGACCGCUUUGAAGUACCUCGCCGCCGCCGCUUCUCUGAUGAUAGAUCCAAGCAGUCUCGGAGAGAUCCAAACGGCAUGGCACGACCAUGUCUCCGCCGAAAAGCGCUGUUUCUGUUUCUGUUUCUGUUCCUCUGCGUGCGUGAGUAGAAAGUAGCUCCAAAAUCGCUGCAAAUUUCAUCGGUCAAACCGCACCCACCACCACGACCGGGAAAACGACGAAGUAUCCGUGAUUAUCCCCUGUCGCCAUCCUCCUCUCUACCGUUCUCUCUCUCUCUCUCUCUCUCUCUCUCUCUGCUUCCUUCGGUCUCUGUUUCGGGUCACGCGUGCUGUACGUGUACAUACCUCUUGUAAAAUAUCCUCGCUUUCUGCUGAUGCCAGUUGAAUUGUUACUGUCGAUACACCCGCUUCCCACCCCCCACCAUUUUUAGCUUAUAUAAUUAUUUAGUUGCUAACUUCGAUGAAUUCACGAGGUGGGUUUUGCUAAUCUUGAUUGCUUCAGUUCAGUCUCCGUCUCCCAGGUGUCUCCUGAAUAUAUAGAGAGGUCCCCGUGAGAUAUUCGUUGCACUGUUCUUGCUGUGUAUGUGAUUAAUGCUUCUUUGCGCAAGUCCACCUCAGAAAAGCGUGUCCUUUCUAUCGCCUCUUUAUCCAAUUUUAUCCAAAGUUUCUCUCUUUCUGUAAUCCCAGGUAUUUCAUACCAAAUUGUACCCUUAAUCCGAUCUUUAGCUUUUUCCAUUCCGGGUAGUUUUGGAUUUUUGGGUCCAAUUAUACUCUACUACCAUUUUUGUUUGUCAAAAUCUCCGUUUUUAUCUUCCCUCAUCUUUCACUGCAAACGCUAUAUAAUGACCAAAUUCUAUCUGCUCUGUGUGGUUCUUCAGAGCUUGAUUUUGCACAAUACAAUCCAGUGCAGUGCCAAAAGAAUGAAGGCUUUUUGUUUGUUUCAGUUGUUAAUCUUGCUUGUUUCGAUCAAUGGUGCUUUGUGUAAGGAGUGUACCAACAUUCCUACUCAGCUUUCAUCACACACACUUAGAUACGAGCUCUUAUCAUCGAACAAUGAGUCAUGGAGAGAGGAGAUGUUCUCGCACUACCAUUUGAUUCCGACGGACGAGUUGGCUUGGUCCAACUUGUUCCCAAGAAGAUUCUUAAGAGAAGAACAGGAAUUUGAAUGGAUAAUGACAUACCGGAAAUUGAAGAAUUCUGCUGAGUCUAAUUCACCAGGGGACUUCCUUAAGGAAGUAUCGCUGCAUGAUGUGAGAUUGGAUCCGAGUUCAGUUCAAUGGCGGGCGCAGCAGACAAACCUAGAAUACUUAUUGUUGUUGGAUGUGGAUAGUUUGGUGUGGAGCUUUAGGAAAACGGCGGGUUUGCCGACACCGGGAACGGCCUAUGGUGGUUGGGAGAAACCGACUUGCGAGCUCCGGGGUCACUUUGUAGGGCAUUAUUUGAGUGCGACGGCACAUAUGUGGGCAAGCACUUACAAUGAUGGUAUUGGAGAGAGAAUGUCUGCAGUAGUGACUGCUCUAGCUGCCUGUCAAGAGAAAAUGGGCACGGGAUAUCUUUCGGCUUUUCCAUCCGAGCAAUUUGAUCGUUUCGAAGCUGUCAAACCAGUCUGGGCUCCAUAUUACACCAUUCACAAGAUCAUGGCGGGCCUUCUGGAUCAAUAUACACUUGCUGGCAACAAGCAAGCUUUAAAAAUGGUUACAUGGAUGGCUGAUUACUUCUACAGUCGUGUGCAGAAUGUGAUCGCAAAAUACUCUUUAGAAAGACACUGGCUGUCGCUCAAUGAAGAGACUGGUGGCAUGAAUGACGUCCUUUACCAGUUAUUCACCGUAACGAAUGAUUCCAAGCAUUUAUUGUUGGCUCAUCUCUUUGACAAGCCUUGCUUUCUAGGAUUGCUUGCUGUGCAGGCUGACGACAUAACUGGUUUUCAUGUGAAUACUCAUAUCCCAAUUGUUAUUGGAUCCCAGAUGCGUUAUGAAGUUACUGGUGAUCCACUAUACAAGACUAUAGGGACAUUCUUCAUGGACAUUGUGAACUCCUCUCACAGCUAUGCAACAGGUGGCACAUCAGUUGGGGAAUUCUGGACGGACCCAAAGCGUUUAGCGACCACUCUCGAAACAGAAAAUGAAGAAUCAUGCACCACAUAUAACAUGCUGAAGGUGAGUCGCAACUUGUUUAGAUGGACAAAAGAAGUUGCAUACGCAGAUUAUUAUGAGCGAGCAUUGACAAAUGGCGUGCUGAGUAUUCAGAGGGGGACUGAGCCCGGUAUCAUGAUCUACAUGCUUCCUUUGGGUCGCGGGGUGUCCAAGGCCAGAAGCUAUCAUAAAUGGGGAACUAAGUUUGACUCCUUCUGGUGCUGCUAUGGGACAGGAAUUGAGUCGUUUUCAAAAUUGGGAGACUCUAUAUAUUUUGAAGAGCAAGGAGAAGUUCCCAGUCUUUACAUAAUUCAAUAUGUAUCGAGUUCACUCAACUGGAAAGCAGGGGGAACUGUGAUCAAUCAGAAAAUCGAUGCUCUGUCAUCGUGGGAUCCUUAUCUUCGAGCAACAUUUACUUUUUCGUCAGAGCAGACAGCAGGACAGUUGUCUACCCUGAAUUUCCGAAUACCGAGUUGGGCUUCUUCAGAUGGUGCCAAAGCAGAUUUGAAUGGAAAAAGUUUAAAUCGACCAACUCCAGGUAAUUUUAUCAUCAUGAAGGAGAAAUGGAGCCCCAGUGACAAGCUGACCUUUCAGUUUCCCCUCGGUUUGCGGACAGAGGCUAUCAAAGAUGACCGAUCCGAGUAUGCUUCCGUUCACGCGAUACUUUAUGGGCCUUAUCUUCUUGCGGGCCUGACGAGUGGAGACUGGGAAAUCAAAGCCGAGUCAAAUGCUUCUCUAUCCAAUUGGAUAACUUCCAUUCCGGCUUCUUACAGUUCUCAGUUGCUCUCUCUUUCGCAAGAAUCAGGUGGCUCGUCUUAUUUCCUGACCAACACGAACCAAUCCAUCACAAUGGAGAAGUCCCCCGAGCCGGGCACUGAUUCAGCUGUCCACGUCACCUUCAGACUCGUCUCCAAAGACCCCACUGCUUUAGGAAUCAGGUCACGAGGGGGCAUCAUCGGGAAAUCGGUGAUGCUCGAACCUUUCGAUUUUCCCGGAAUGGUGGUGGUGCAAAAAGGGAAAGAUGAGGACCUUGUAGUCGAGGGAUCAAGCAAGGGCAGCUCAUCCCUCUUCCGCGUGGUCGCAGGACUGGACGGGAAGGCGGAGACCGUGUCCUUGGAGUCGGAAAGCCAGGAAGGUUGCUACAUAUACACGGGGGUGAACUUUGGCGAGGGUUCCAGCGUAAAGCUGGGGUGCGUCUCGGAUUCCUCUGACAGUAAGUUCAACAGUGCAAGCAGCUUUACAUUGGGAGACGCCAUAAGGUUGUAUCAUCCUAUGAGCUUCGUGGCGAAGGGCGCAAAGAGGAACUUCCUCUUGGUGCCGUUGAUGAGCUUGAGAGAUGAAUCGUACACCGUUUAUUUCAACAUCCAGUCCUGAAAGAUGGUUUGUAUAGAAGUACCCCGGAAUAAGAGAAGGAUGCUUGGUUAGUAUAUUCUAGUCUUAGCUUAGUGAUGACGCCUUUUAUGUUCGGCCGGCGGCCGCACAUUUCUCUGGCUUACCCAGAUUUGCCUAAUGGUGGCGAAUUACUCUGUUCUUCUGGUUUGCAUUGCCGGGUUUAUGGGUUUUCACAUGUUACCAGAUCAGAUCAGAAUGAUCAACUGCAGUUUAUAUGGAAAAAAAAGCGGGGUUGAUGUAA